AUGACAGAAGUGACAACACGGUGUCAUCUCGCCGCCUCCUCGGCCCAAAAAUCCUUCGAGUCCACAGUCCUUCCAACAUGUUUCACGCUCUCGGCCUUUUGUCCUACGGAGUACUUCCAAUUCUAUCUGCUGCAAGUUUUUGAAGUGCUUUAGAUUCAGAUUGAAGCUGGAAUGAUAUCUGAGUAUUCCGUUCAUUGAAUUUUUUUGAAGUUGUUUGAGACCUAAGUUCUUACUUUGAGGUUUGCAAAAAAUAUAGUUUUCAUGAAAAUAAGUCUUUUUAUUUUUUCAGAAAUUCUUGGAAAUUUCAGAUUAGGGAAGAAGUAUCUAAUUGCCCGAUUUCAAUGGAGAAGUUGUCUUUUUCUCAGAAUUUUUCGAAUUUCUAAUUGCUAAGUUAUGCAUGAAAUCAAGUAAACAAGAAUAAGAAUCAAAUAAGAAAAGAAUUUGAAGAAUAAGAAAAAUUACUGAUUUUUUUGAUUUCUAAAAAGAAUAUCGUAUCAGGAGAAUACUAAUAUCAACUUGAUUUUUUUCCUUGAUCAUAGUUUUUGUUUUUUUAUACUUCGAAAUUUAAAAUCAAAUUUUUCAGUUAUCUGACAAACAACUGAACGACACUCCAAGCAACUAUGGAUAUUACGCCGACAGCCGUAUGAAAGCGAUUGGAGAGUAUUUUAGUGACCUUAUGGGAUGCGGACCCGAUGGCUGGUGUGCGUUUAAAUGGUUCGCAGAAAAAAAAAAUAUUCAAAUCCAUUCAUUUUCUAACGCUUCAGCUGUCCGCCUACACAACGAUCCGCUAAAAGGUACUCCCUGAGCUCAUAUGUGAGGCCUUUGGGCCAGUCGCGGACAAAUGGCGUCGUCAGCAGCAGGAACCCUGUGAUGACGCCGACAAUGGCUCCCCCGUCUAAGAGAGUCUGUGCAAAGGCUUGCAUGCCGGGUUGCAAUUCCAGGUGUCUCCAGGUGAUCUUUACUAAUGAGUCCGUGAUAUAAGACAGUGGAAAGUAAGAAAAAAUGGAUAAUAAUAGCUAUGGACGGAAUUUCUUCAGCCUUUUCAAAACUUUGGAGAAAUCAUUCAUUUUUUUUUUGACGAAACCGCAAAAAAAAAAUAAAAUUAUUGGGAAGUAGGCUGCUGAGAUGAAAAAAAAAGUGGAUCAUCAUAGAACUUUUCGAAAAAAAGUUGAAAAAAAAAAGCGGGCUUAGCAAGUAGAAAAAAGUAUGGAAUUGAUUUACGACCUGGGCGAAAUAUUUUUCAUCAUCUGCUGGUUACAAUGGAUGAAACUUUUCCAGAGGUACAACCAAAUUGUGGCUUCCUUCAUGAAUUCAUUGACAGCUAUUGAUGUUAUGGGUCAUCCUGUCAACGAGCAAUCAGAAGUAAGUUUUAAAUAAAACUGAUGGUUUUCCUAUAUUUUACUGAUGCCCUGAAAGCUCAUCUCUGUAGUUUUUCAUAAGAAUAAAUAGAAAAUUUUUUUUCUGAUUUUCUAGUUCCAAGCCAAAAUCAAAAAGCGGCUUCCAAGUCUCUAAAAAAAUUGAGUAGAAUAAAGUCAUUAUUUUUUCUUUAGCAACGAAAUUAGGGAGAACUGGCGAGUUUUGAAUCAUGAACAUUGUUUUUAAGGUCUCAGAGAAACAGCAGUAAGAAAAAGAAUGCACUGGUUCACCGCUGGCUCUAGAAAAGAAAAGCACUGAGAGCUUCAUUAAUCUAGUUUAUACCUAUUCGUAAUGGUUUUUGGAACUUUUGCAUCAAGCCAGCUGCGAAUAGUACUGCAAGUAUGAAAAAUGGUUCGAGGUGCGACUGGCCCCACCGAAGCAGACGGAAUGCCGCGACGAGUGCAUGCCGUACUGCUCGACGGAGUGCCUCUCGGCCUACUCUCAGAUGGCGUCGUUUUCACCGCCAAAAGUCUGCCAAUCUGGUGGGUUGAGUCCGUCUUCCCACGUUCAUUAAGUCCGAUUCUCAGUGUGUAUGCCCUACUGCCUGGAAGAAUGCGUCCAUGCACCUCCGCUCAUGACGCCUUGUGUAUUUACCGGCGCGUGCCACUGCCCACCAGGGUUAAUCUCAUUUUCUUUUCUCCUUCUCCACAUGUUUUCCCUCCAUCAUGUUUUUAAAUUUUCAUAAGACAACCAUAACAUUGCCACGAUUGGGUUUGGAAUCAAGGAAAAGUGAGAAACACAAACAAACUUAUUCCGAUGGUAUCAAUAGUUAGUCUGCCAAAGAAGUAACUGAUUAUUUCGCAUUUUGAAAUUAAAGAGGAAAAAAAUAGAUUCUCGAAACAAAAAAGUAUUUGUUCUUUCAUAUAGUCUACAAUUUCGCAGUUAAUUUUUAUUUGAUUUUGGUCAUCACAGUACAGUGACGUAUAUAAAUUCUCAAGUUUGCUACAUAAAGUCGAAAAUUAAAAUUUUCAACCAAUAAUUGCAUUUUUCGCAAUCAGAAAUUAGGUGCUUGGAAAGUAACUGAGUGAGUUUGCAAUAGUUUCGAUGUGCAAAAAAAUGUCCUCUGAAAACGCCACAAAAAGCAUUUCUAUCUGAAAUUGAAAGCUACAGAUACGUCCAAUGUAGCGAAAUCACAUGCUGUAUGAAGUACAAAGCAAUGGCGAUCUGGUACAAAAACCGCUUUACUUCGAUGAGCUUCAGCGACGAUGAUCAAACUGAGAAAGGGGUAAUUUUCUGUUUAUUUUGAUCAAGCUUCGUUAUAAUUCCAGACCACACGAGGAGGAAACGAAACGACAGUUUAUAUGAACGCAUUGCGCAGUAUGGGGGACGCAGACGAUCUGAAAACUCCAAAAAGACAACUGCCAGAAAACAGUGGGACGAAGUUAGCAGAUGAAAAAAAAAAUGAAGCUUUCAGGCACAAUCGUCUUCUAUCCAGAACAAGGAAAGGCAGAAAUUCUCUUGAACGAUGGGAGUGUCCUUGUGGAACACAUGAGUCAAAAAUAA